UAUGCGACGACGUCAGCCCGGGGGCGCAGCAAGCACACGCUCGUGCACUGUAUGGCUGUACGCUGAACGCUGAACGCUGAACGCAGGGGGAAGCAAUUGAGAAUAGCGGGCCUGAGCGUGAGAAGGAAGUAUACCGGAGCUGACUCAUUGAUUUGGGCGCUUUGUGUCCACUUUAUAAGGGACCCUACCGGCAACCCGGAGUGCGUUUCGUGGUCUUCCUAUCCUGUACUGAUUGCACUGUUUUGGCAGUGGGUGGGUCUCAUUCCCAACCAUAGCAGUGCCUUUAGAGACUGGCGUUAGCUCAUGUGUUACAUUAAAUUAUUUUCAAGCGAGUGAAGGGGCGUAUCUAGUAACUCCUCACUGGACUCCCCCACCUGCUGCUCCUACACUCAAGUGUUGUUCUUGGGUUCCCAGCAUCUGUGUGACGGAUCAUCACUUGCUUCCCCACUUUCCAGUGCAUACAAGGCCCAUCACUGCAUAUACCUGGAUCCAAUGCGCUACGGAAGAUAGCAGUGAACUAGUAGUUCUUUUUGUAAGAUCUGUUGAAUCCAUUUGAGCAAGCGGCUCCAAUGUGUGUUGAAUUACACAUACAUCUGGUUGUGCAGCCCCCUAUUUGUAACUGCUAGUGGGGUGGGUGUUAGUGUGGUGUCUUGCAGGCUUCAAGAGUUUACAGCAGUUUUCCUCUCCUUCAAAGCAUGGAAGGACUAUCAUUGAGUGAUGUGGAGCAAAAAUAUUAUUCGGACCUCUUUGCUUACUGUGAUACUGACAGUACCAAGAAGAUUGCAUCCAAUGGGAGAGUGCUGGAGCUAUUCAGGGCUGCCCAGCUACCCAGCGAAGUGUCUCUCCAGAUAAUGGAACUUUGUGGGGCAACAAGACUUGGCUAUUUUGGAAGAAGCCAGUUCUACAUAGCAUUGAAACUUGUGGCUGUAGCCCAGUCUGGCCUCCCACUGCGAGUUGAAAGCUUAAAUACUGUAAAGGACCUCCCGCUACCAAGAUUUAUGGUGCCAAAGAAUGAACAGGAUUCUAGACAAGCAGCUGCACACGGUUCAGAAGGUGACAACCCAGCUUACUCAGGUGUAAUUCCUCCUCCUCCUGGAAGAACUCAAAUAAAAAAAGGCUCCGUUAGCCAUGAUGUUAUACAGACACGUGGUCAAGCAGAGCAACAGGAAUCGACAUCCCCAGUAGUUUCUCCUCAGCAGUCCCCACCCACCUCUCCAAAUUCCUGGAGGAAACACAGUCGACAUGCCAGCGGUGGGAAUAGUGAACGACCCGUGACAGGAUCUGGUCCUUUCUGGACACCCUACAACGAAGCACAAACAGGUGGCUCAUCUGGUGAAGGGAUUUGGGCAGCGCAUUCUCCUCUACCCCAUCAGGAAAACUGGGUCAGUUUUGCAGAUACACCACCAAGCAGUGCUCCUUUAGCCAUGCAUCCUGCCUCUGUCCAGGACCAGACAACAGUACGCACUGUGGCCUCCACCACAAACGAAAUUCGUAGACAAUCCAGUAGUUACGAUGAUCCCUGGAAGAUAACAGACGAGCAAAGACAGUAUUAUGUAAUUCAGUUCAAAAACAUUCAGGCUGAUCUGAAUGGCUUUAUCCCAGGUUCUGCUGCAAAAGAAUUUUUUACAAAGUCUAAACUUCCUAUCCCUGAACUUUCUCACAUAUGGGAGCUGUCAGACUUUGACAAGGAUGGUGCACUGACAUUGGAUGAGUUUUGUGCUGCCUUCCAUCUUGUAGUGGCAAGGAAAAAUGGUUAUGAUCUACCUGAAAAACUGCCUGAAAGCUUAAUGCCAAAACUCAUAGAUUUAGAUGAUGCUGCAGCUGGCGAUCAGUCCGGUGAUGUUGCAUUCUCAAGUUCACCUGCUGAAGCUCCUCCUAGCAAGUCCCCUUCAAUGCCAUCUCUGAACCAGACGUGGCCUGAGAUGAACCAGAGCAACGAGCAGUGGGAGACAUUUAGCGAACGUUCUUCGAGCUCACAAACUCUGACCCAAUUUGAUUCUAACAUUGCACCAGCUGAUCCUGAUACUGCCAUUGUUCAUCCUGUUGCUAUAAGAAUGACUCCAAGCAAAAUUCACAUGCAGGAGAUGGAGCUAAAAAGAACUGGAAGUGAUCCUACAGACCCCACAAGUCCCCUGCACGUAAAGCCACAAGAACUUUCUGAAGAGAGUAAUCUAAGUUCUUCUGUGAAAUUUGUUUCUGGGAAUCCUGUUGCUGAUGGUUACAGCAGUUCAGACUCCUAUAACUCUGAUCCAGAGGAGAUUGGAAAUGUGAUUACCAGGCAACAGUCUCAUUCAGGCACUUCUCCAGACAGUACUGCUCCACCUCCACCUCCUCCAAGACCGCAGGCCUCGCAUUCACGAUCAUCAUCCUUGGAUAUGAACAGAACUUUUGCAGUCACCACAGGGCAGCAGCAAGCUACUGCAGUCCCGCAUCCUCCUGCUGUUCCUCCUAGACCCCUGCCCACCCAGACUUCAGGUACUCAUUCACACCGCUCCGUGGAUUCAGAAGGUAUUGUGGCUCAUUCUAGCACUUCACCUCAGCAAAUUCCAGAGCAGCCAAACUUUGCAGACUUCAGCCAGUUUGAAGCAUUUGCUUCGUGUGCAACAGAAGAACCAUCUGAUGACUCUGAGAAACAAUUGGACGUACAGGCUGAAAAACCAUCCUCUGAUACCGUACGAAAUGCCAAGUUAAAUGGCCGUGUGGAAGAAAAAACUGUGUCUGCAGCCCCUGCCAAUUCAGGAAAGGUGAACACCCCUCUUGCACCCCCUCCUAAACCUGUCCGAAGGCGGUUAAAAUCUGAAGAUGAACUUAGACCAGAAACAGAAGAACACAAUCAGAAAUCAAAUGUCGUAACUACUGUACUCCCGCCACAGCCAUCUAUUCCACGAUCAGCUGGAAAAGAUAAGAAGGCAAUUCAGGCUUCAAUUAGACGCAACAAAGAGACCAACACAGUGCUUGCAAGGCUGAACAGUGAACUACAGCAGCAGCUAAAGGAUGUUCUUGAAGAAAGAAUUUCUUUGGAAGUUCAGCUGGAGCAACUUCGACCUUUUUCUCACCUUUAGAAAGACUGCCGCUAACUGUGAAAUACAGGCCUACCCUCAAAACUGACCCAGAAUGCCAGCAUCCUACCAUGCAUUCAGCAUUAUAAUGGUGUGCCUCUCUUGCGUCUCGUACAUCUGCCAUAUUAUCCACGUGACUUAGUCACAAAAGAAUAUUUAUCGGUUAUGUUUGUGGACAUUGAUUCAUGUAUAUCAUUCACAUUUUCCCCAGUUAAACCAUGAAAAAAAUACUAACCUUAAACAUGUUGAUUCCUUUAAGAAUGAAAUGAAAGACUGGACAGAUAAUUUAAUAACUGUUAAAUUUCAAAAAAAAAAUUGGUG